GCCUGGAAGGCGCGUGCGGGAGGGCGCGAGCUGCAGGUGGGGACUACGGAGACCGACCAGGGGCACGCAUCCCACCGGGUCAGGCUGACGCUGGACGGUGUAGAUUUUCUUGGGAUCGCGAGUCCCAGAAACAACCAGGACGCUCAGAAGCGCACUGCUGGCUUUGGGACGUCAAGAGCUUCUUUAGAAGCAUCCUGCAUCAAUCCGGAAGCUGCUGUCCUGUCAUGGAGGGAGAGGAGAAGCCAGCUCAAGAGGCUGAUAUGGAACCCGUGGUAACAUCAGGGGCCUCGGAAUCAGUGCCAAGGGUGCUUUCCGGAGACCCUCAAAACAUCUCUGACGUGGACGCCUUCAACUUGCUCCUGGAGAUGAAACUGAAGCGGCGGCGUGAGCGGCCCAACCUUCCACGUACUGUGACCCAGCUGGUGGCCGAGGAUGGGAGCAGGGUGUACGUGGUGGGCACUGCUCACUUCAGUGAUGACAGCAAGCGGGAUGUAGUGAAGACUAUCCGGGAGGUGCAGCCUGAUGUGGUAGUUGUGGAACUCUGUCAGUACCGUGUGUCCAUGCUGAAGAUGGAUGAGAAAACACUGCUACGAGAGGCCAAGGAGGUCAGCCUGGAGAAGCUGCAACAGGCUGUCAGGCAGAAUGGGCUCAUGUCUGGACUCAUGCAGAUGCUGCUGCUGAAGGUGUCGGCCCACAUCACUGAGCAGUUAGGCAUGGCCCCUGGUGGCGAGUUCAGGGAAGCCUUCAAGGAGGCCAGCAAGGUACCAUUCUGCAAAUUCCACUUGGGUGACCGGCCCAUCCCAGUCACCUUUAAGAGGGCCAUUGCUGCACUCUCCUUCUGGCAGAAGGUCAAACUGGCCUGGGGCCUGUGCUUCCUGUCGGACCCAAUCAGCAAAGAUGACGUAGAGCGCUGCAAGCAGAAGGACCUGUUGGAGCAGAUGAUGGCAGAGAUGAUUGGGGAGUUUCCUGACUUGCACCGAACCAUUGUCUCAGAGCGUGAUAUCUAUUUGACUUAUACUGCACAGCGCCUUGAGCUUCCCCGCGCCUCUGAUGCUGAGCCCAGGAAGUGCGUCCCAUCUGUGGUUGUGGGUGUCGUUGGCAUGGGUCAUGUGCCUGGCAUUGAGAAGAACUGGAGUACUGACCUCAACAUCCAGGAGAUCAUGACAGUUCCCCCUCCGUCCAUCUCUGGCAGAGUGUCCCGGGUGGCUGUGAAGGCUGCCUUCUUUGGCCUGCUGGGCUACAGUCUUUACUGGAUGGGCCGUCGAACCAUGAACGUGGUCCUAUCACUGCCUGCUGCGCAGUUCUGCCUUCAGAGGGUGAGCGAGACCUGGCCAGGCCGGUAGGAGGACCAUACAAAGAAGAGACCACACCCCGGGGCUCUACUCCUCUGCAUCACAUCUGGUGCUCCCAAGGAGCUGGCACCACCUGUCCGGGGAUGUCCCUGGGUGCAGAUGCAUCCAAGCCACCCCCUAUGGGGGCUUAGGCCAGGCUUACCCUACCUUCCCUAUGCCUAGCCCUCCCAAAUAAAGAAUAUUUAAUUGUCUGA